UAAAUUUUAAUUUAAUUUAUCUCUUCAACAGGAGGACAUGGACUUUAUCUCUUUGCUCAGAGAGUUUCAGCACAUGCAUCUCAGUGGCAGUGAGAAUGUGUCAGUUUUGGUUUCUCGUAACAAGGUGCUGCAGAGUGCUAAAGAUUCUGUUUCCAACUCUAAUUUCCCUUGGACCAAAAUCCCUCUCGUGACAUUUGAUGGUGAGGGAGCUCUUGACUGUGGAGGUCCACGGAGAGAGUUUUUCAGAAUCCUGAUGAUGGAGGUGCAGAGCUCGCUGGGCAUCUUUGAGGGGCAGCCUGGACACCUGUUCUUCACCUAUGACCAGAUGGCGCUGGAGGAUCACAAGUAUGAGUUGGCGGGGAAGCUGAUUGCGUGGUCUGUGGCUCAUGGCGGGCCAGGACUCAGAUCCCUUGACCCCUGCCUGUACCAGCUGAUGUGCACCCAGGAAUGUCAACUGGUGGACUUUGACUGGCACCUAAUACCAGAUGCUGACAUUCAGGACAAACUGCAAAAGAUUACAUCAUGCAAAACAACAGCAGAUCUCCAGAGGCUGCAGACAGAGCUGGGCGACUGGAUCUGUGAUUGUGGUUUCCUUGGAAUAUACAGACAUGGAAUUUCCAUCCGAGAUGUUCCGAAGAUUUACUCCUUUGCAGUUCGACACUACAUUUAUCUAAGAACAUCAAAUAUGAUUCAUCAGUUCACACAGGGACUGAAUGCUUAUGGACAGUUCUGGGAUAUGGUAAGAACUCAUUGGGUUGAGUUUCUACCCAUCUUUACCAACAUGCAUGAGCCCCUUUCCAGACGCACGUUUAGCGACUUAUUCCAAAUCCACUGGAGUAAAUCAGGGACCAAGAAGAGGGAGGCUGAGGAAGAGACUAUACACUACUGGGAACUGAUGCUUCAGGUGAUUGAAGAUAAAAAACCAAAAGCUCCGGAAAAUAACUUGCAUUUUGAGGAAAUUUUGGCUUUCAUAACCGGAGCAGAUGAAGUCCCACCACUUGGGUUCUCCCAUAAGCCCAGCAUUCACUUCUACCAGCCAGAGCAGCGAGGAUGCCGUCUACCAUAUGCCAACACGUGCAUGAUGGGAUUGUUCCUGCCCAGGGUCGUAAAAGAUGAAGUGGAACUUUACAGGAUGCUCCUGAGAGCAAUCAGAGACUCAGCUGUUUUUGGGAGAACAUAAACCUAUAUCUAAUUCUCCAUUAUAAUGGACAUGGUCACAUCCAUAAUAUAUAGUUACAUAUGUUUGUAAGCUUUAUUUAAUAAUUUAUUAUAAUAUUUCAUUACAUAAGAAACACUUACUUUCAGUUAUUUGUAUAUUCUGUAUAUUUUGACAUAAAGAUGCUAGAUAGAAUUUUUUUUUAGUUGAAAAAAAAACAUGUUUU